GACGCGACGACCACCUGUUUCAGUAAGCAGUGACUGCUAGCAUGAAUGGGCGUGAACUAAAUGACUAGCGUGGAUAGGACGAGACUAUGCCGAACCUUGAACCAAUUAUUUCAAGCUCAUCCCAUGGAAUUCGUACAAGAGAAGGCGAGAGGAGAGAUACACAUGACAGCGACGACUCUAUGCCUCCACUAGAGGACGUUAGUGACAGCGGCUCGGAAAGUGGUUGGAGCACUGAAGACGAUGAAGAUGACGAUUUAGGUCGAGAUGCAGUUCCGCCUUCUGGGUUUAUGUUUAGGCCUGUUGAGACAGCUGUUACUUGGUCUGCGGGAAUAGGUAGCGGCAUGGACUUGGGUAUCGACGUUGACGACGAGACUCCCGACGACACAGAAGAUUCGGUGGACUCGACAGCAGAUGGCGGGCAGUCUAGCACAGAAAAUGGGCGACCGCCGUUUGUCACGGAUGGACGAGGACGGGUAAUUGGUGCAAGUGAGGAGGAGCAGGAUAAUGCUCUGUCACGAUCGUUCUUUGGUCGUUUUUUCUUUUCUCGCUCAUCGUAGUUUCGUGUUGCAGCAUUGUAGAAAUUAUAUUUGUAAAAUAUACAG